GGCUUAAGCAAAAUGGGGUGUGCUCUGCAAUUCUCAAGAGACUCCCCACCAAAAAAAAGUCCAACAAAAUUAAACGCUCUCUCUCUCCCAUCGGAUCCCAUAUCUGAAUUCCCUCAAACAAAACAAAGUUUAUGGCUUUUCAAGGGAAGAAACUCAUCAACAAUCCCGACGAUGUGGUGACUGAAUUUAUUGAGGGUCUUGUGGAAACAUAUCCCGGACUCCAGUACUUGGAUGGUUUCCCGGAGGUGAAAGUUGUAAUUCGUGCUGAUGCUUCAGGUGCAACAUAUGACAAGGUUGCAGUCAUAUCAGGAGGUGGAAGUGGGCAUGAGCCAGCACAUGCUGGAUUUGUGGGAGAAGGGAUGCUGACGGCUUCCAUUUGUGGAGAUGUUUUUGCUUCUCCUUCUGUUGAUUCAAUUUUAGCAGGCAUUCGAGCUGUUACUGGUCCUAUGGGAUGCCUUCUGAUAGUAAUGAAUUAUACCGGUGAUCGUUUGAAUUUUGGAUUGGCUGCUGAGCAAGCAAGGUCUGAAGGUUAUAAAAUAGAAAUGGUAAUUGUUGGAGAUGAUUGUGCAUUACCUCCGCUUCUAGGCAUUGCUGGACGAAGAGGCUUGGCAGGAACUAUUUUUGUUAAUAAGAUUGCUGGGGCUGCAGCUGCAGCUGGCCUUUCUCUUGCUGAUGUUGCUGCUGAGGCAAAACGUGCAUCUCAGAUGGUUGGAACUAUGGGCGUAGCAUUAUCUGUUUGCACGUUGCCUGGUCAGGUUACUUCUGAUCGCUUGGGCCCAGGAAAGAUGGAACUUGGUCUGGGAAUUCAUGGGGAACCUGGUGCUGCUGUGGCAGACCUCCAGCCUGUGGACGUGGUGGUUUCUCAUGUUCUUAAGCAAAUAUUAUCAUCGGAAACUAACUAUGUUCCAAUUACACGAGGCAAUAGAGUGGUACUCAUGAUUAAUGGCUUGGGUGCCACUCCUGUGAUGGAACUAAUGAUUGCAGCUGGAAAAACUGUCCCUAAGUUACAGCUGGAAUUUGGACUUGCUGUUGAAAGAGUGUAUACAGGGUCAUUUAUGACCUCUCUUGAUAUGGCUGGAUUUUCAAUAUCUAUAAUGAAGGCAGAUCAAACUCUGUUGCAACGCCUGGAUGCUCCCACUAAGGCUCCACAUUGGCCUGUUGGUUCUGCUGGUAAUCGUCCACCUGCCAAGAUUCCUGUUCCAUUGCCACCAUCUCGUUCAACGAAGAGUGAGGAGUCAUUAAGUCGGCCACUGCAGCUUAGUGAACAGGGCCGCAUUCUUGAAGCAGCUAUUGAGGCAGCAGUAAAUGCAGUAAUUGUUAUGAGGGACAGUUUGAAUGACUGGGAUAGCAAAGUUGGUGAUGGUGACUGUGGGUCAACAAUGUACAGCGGUGCAACAGCAAUCCUUGAUGAUAUGAAAAAAUAUUAUCCUCUGAAUGAUGCUGCAGAAACAGUGAAUGAAAUUGGAUCUUCUGUUAGAAGAGCUAUGGGAGGAACAAGUGGAGUCCUAUAUAAUAUAUUUUCUAAGGCAGCAUAUGCACGGUUGAAAGCUAACUCAGAUUCUACUGUCACAGCAAAGCAAUGGGCUGAAGCAUUUGAAGCUGCCAUUGAUGCAGUAAGUAAAUAUGGUGGGGCUAGUGCUGGUUAUCGUACAUUACUGGAUGCCCUUAUUCCUGCAUUAUCAGUUCUUAAGGAGAGAUUAACUGCUGGUGAUGAUUCUUCUACUGCUUUUGUUCUUUCAUCUGAAGCUGCAUUGGCAGGAGCUGAAUCAACUAAAGACAUGCAGGCUCAGGCGGGGCGGUCAAGCUAUGUGUCUGCGGCAAUACUUGCAACAGUUCCAGAUCCUGGUGCUAUGGCGGCAGCUGCCUGGUAUAGGGCAGCUGCUUUGGCUGUGAAGGCUAAAUAUGAAAAAGCCUCCUCAUGAACACCCUUGCUUCCAUGUUUCAACAAUCAACACUGAUAUACCUUCUUUUUGUGCUUUGCCGGAUGAUUUUUGUUUGACUAGUUGGCUUUCCGCUUAUGCAUUUUCUUAUACUUUUUCCUUUUGUUUUUUGGGGGUGCAUGAAGCUGAGAGAGCCAUUUUCAUCCAUACAUAUACACAUCAUUGAAUUUUAUAACUUUUCCCAAAUGUAAACCCUGUUUCUAAAUAGAGUUAAAUUCAAAUUUGUCACGGAUCA